AUGGCCAGCCGCCUUCUUGAUGAGAGUCAUGCCAUCGCAGCCUUCAAGCAGCAGCUGGGCAUCCACGUCAAAGAGGAGGAAGAGUUUGGGUGGAUUGCAGAAGUUGGCAUCCAAAGCCCUUUGCCACCGCGCUGGACGGCACACAGCGACGCUUCCUCCGGCUACGUUUACUACGUGGAUCAUGACCGGCAAGUCAGUAGCUGGGAGAAUCCAUUGGUGCCCUGCCUCCGAAGAAUCGUUGAGAUAGGACGCAAUUAUCUGAAAUGCUACACGGCCGGCUUUUUCGAGGAGCAGAAGGGCAUUCUGUGGCACCAGCACAAGCAAGAGCUGGACAAGUGGCAUGGGCCCUUUAUGGACGAUGCUGGUCGUCAGUAUUUCGUCAAUUCAGAGGAUGGCAUUUCCUCUUGGCAAGAUCCGCGAAUCGACGCGCAGUACGUUUUUGAGCUGGAGAGUGGGCUGCUGACAAGUCUCGAAGAGAUUUUGCCUCCAGCCAGACCAGACACUCCAAACUUUGAUCCCAAAGACGGCCACUGGAAGACUGCAGAGGGUGCAGAAGUCUUGACCCUCGACAGUCCGAAAGAGACCCAGCACAUUAUCGCCUCGGCAGCGCGGAAGACUUUCCGUGAACGGAAGUCACGAACGCUGACCACAACGGCCCAGAAGAAUGCCCGGGCAGAGUACAGGUCUACCAUGGAGCGGAUGAGCAGUGUGGCUGAACGUUUGCGAAGCUUGCAGCUGGAUGACGAAGAAGCUCAGCGACUGCAGCUCAUGAGGAAGACUGAGGCCAGAAGGCAGCGACGUUCAGGUGGCACCGCAGCAUCUGCCCCGCCUGCCCUGGCUGUCGUUCGCAUCCCAUCUUCAGCGGAAGAUCAGGCGCGAACCCGGCAAAAGCCUACGGUUCUGGACGACGAUGCUUGCCCAAGACCGCCGCUGUCACGGCAGGACACGGUGCCGCCCCCACCGCCGCCUGAAGAAGUUAUGCAAGAGGCUUUGGCCCCCAACAUAGCUCCGGCCACAUCACCGUCAUGUGCAGAGAACUUUGCACCUCCGGCACACCCUCCAUCCCCACAAGCGGGCAAGCGACCAGUUCUGCAUGGGACGCUGGAAAGAGCUCUGAGCCAGAAGAGCCAGGAUGAUGCCUUUCAAGGCUCAGCCUUUGCAGAACUUGAGUUGAAGGUGCGGCCCGAGGUGCGCGGUGAAUGUGGUGAAACUGACUGCACACUGAGUCGAGAAGCUUACCCGCGCAGCCGUGCCAUGUGCCGAAAAGAAAAGUUUAUUCUGCUCCUUCCGAGUCCGAGUAUCUUCAGCUCAGUGAAAGACAUUGAAGUUUCACCACGGCCACCGCCAGCGGAGACUGCUGGCAGGCCCCAGUUUCCAGAGUGCUUUGGCUAUGUUGUGAUUGUUCGCGCGGCGGGCUACCCGCACUUGGGCGGGGCGAUGCUCGAGUCCAACGUGGUUCAGAAAAGCAUGGUCUGGCGACGACGUAGCUUGGCCGUUUGCGCCCAGCGUGGAGCGGAGGAUGGCACAGAACCUUCAGAGCCCCCUUGCCGGCCGACCAGAGCGUAUGAGUUGCUCGGGACACGGGUUGUCCUGGCGGAGGGCGAUGCGGCUCUCACAAACACGGGCUGGAGAACCUGGGCAGGUGGCUGGCUCCUUGCAAAGCAUUUCGAGGACCAGCGCCUGGAGCAGCCAAGACGUGUUCUGGACCUUUCAUGUGGCACAGGUCUGGCAGGCAUAGCGCUGGCCAAAGCUGGGCAUGAGGUCGUCCUUUGCGACUUGCCGAUGAAUGUUCAGACCAUCAAGGACAACCUGGCCAGAAAUCGUUGUGCCGAGUGUCCUCUCGUUGGGCACUUGA